AUGACCAAAUUCAAGCCGUGCAUUGACCUACAUUCAGGUCAGGUCAAGCAGAUUGUGGGUGGUACCCUCAGCCAGGUAGCUGCAGACUUGAAGACCAAUUACGUAUCCACACUUCCGGCUAGCUACUAUGCCGGACUUUAUCAAAAGCAUGAUUUGCGCGGCGGACAUGUCGUGAAGCUUGGACCAGGCAAUGAAGAGGCCGCUCAGGAAGCAUUGAAGACAUGGCCGGGUGGGCUGCAAGUGGCUGGAGGCAUUACAGAUAAAAAUGCGCAAUACUGGAUCGACCAAGGCGCAGACAAGGUGAUCAUUACUUCAUUCCUCUUCCCAGAGGGCAAGUUCUCUCUUGAGCGGCUUCAGUCUGUACUCUCAGCCCUGGGUGGUGACAAGUCCAAGCUGGUUUUGGACUUGAGCUGCCGCAGGAAAGACGAUACCUGGUUUGUCGCGAUGGACCGCUGGCAAACCAUCACGGAGAUGGAGAUCAACCAGGAAUCUAUCUCUUUCCUUGAACCAUAUUGUGCUGAGUUCUUGAUUCACGCUGCAGAUGUAGAGGGCCUGCAACAAGGCGUCGACGAAGAACUGGUCUCGAGACUGGCUGAAUGGUGUACCAUCCCCGUGACUUAUGCAGGUGGUGCACGUCAUUUACAAGAUCUAGAAAAGGUUCACACAAGUAGCAAGGGAAGAGUGGAUUUGACGAUUGGCAGUGCACUAGACAUCUUUGGUGGCUCUGGGGUGACGUUUGAUGAGUGCAUUGAAUGGAACAAGACACAUUAA